AUGGCGGACCAAAUCAUCGAGAAAGGUCGCAUCAUCGCUUACAGAAUCCAGUGGUUUAACGGCUCGUGGUCGACCUGGUUCGGUCCUGACUUGAACGACCUUGACAUCAAGUUCAACAUCAACUCCGCGACUUGUGCCGCUCCGAUCAAGGACAGAUCAAUGAGAAGAAUGUGGUCCUAUUUCUACGACCACAUUCACGAGUUUAUUAUUUUCACCGGAAGUAGUUCCACUCCAGUAGACAUUGCUGUGGGAACCAACUACCCCUCAGUCAUCGGCAGCCGUUCCACUCAUGCAGACAGUCCUGUCGGUACCACCUACCAGUCAGUCACCGGAAGUCGAUCCACGCCUGUAGACAGUCCUGUGAGUACCACCCACCCCUCAGUCACAGGAAGUCGGUCCACUCAUGUAGACAGCACCAAGAGACCUGUGGGUACGACCUACCCCUCAGUCCCCGGCAGUCGUUCCUCUCCUGUAGACAGUCCAGUGGGUACGACCUACCCCUCAGUCACCAGCAGUCGUUUCACUCCUGUAGACAGCUCAGUGGGUACGACCUACCUCUCAGUCACCGGCAGUCGUUCCACUCCUCUAGUCAGUCCAGUGGUAACCGGCAGUCAUUCCACUCCUGUUGACAGUCCAGUGGGUACCACCUACCUCUCAGUCACCAGCAGUCGUUCUACUCCUGAAGACAGUCUAGUGGGUACGACCUACCCCUCAGUAACCGGCAGUCGUUCCUCUCCUGUAAACAGUCCAGUGGACAGUCCAGUAGGUACCACCUACCCCUCAGUUACCGGCAGUCGUUCGUCUUCUGUAGACAGCCCUGUGGGUACCACCUACCACUCUGUCAUCGGCAGCCGUUCCACUCAUGUAGACAGUUCUGUGGGUACCACCUUCCAGUCAGUCACCGGAAGUCGUUCCACACCUGUAGACAGUCCUGUGAACAGUCCUCUGAGUGCCAUCCUUCCACCAGUCACCGGAAGUCGUUCCACUGCUGUACACAGUCCUGUGAGUACGACCCACACCUCAAUCCCUGGAAGUCGUUCCACUCAUGUAGACAGUCAUGUGGGUACUACCUUCUCCUCAGUCACAGAAAGUCGUUCAACACCUGUAGACAGUCCUGUGGUCACCACCCAACUCUCAAUCAUCGACAGUCGUUCCACACCUGUAGACAGUCCUGUGGCUACCACCUACCUCUCAGUCACCGGAAGUUGUUCAACUCAUGUUGACAGUCCAGUGGGUACGACCUACCCCUCAGUUCCCGGCAGUCGUUCCUCUCAUGUAGACAGUCCUACAGUCCUGUGGGUACCACCUACCCUAAGUCCCCGGCAGUCGUUUCUCUUCUGUAGACAGUCGAGUGGAUACGACCUUCCCCUCAGUCCCCGGCAGUUUUUCGUCUUCUGUACCACCUACCCCUCAGUCACCGACAGUCGUUCCAAUGCUGUAGAUAGUCUUGUGAGUACCACCCACCACUCAGUCCCCGGAAGUCGUUCCACUCAUGUAGACAGUCCUGUGGGUACCACCCACCCUUCAGUCACCGGCAGUCGUUCCACUGCUGUAGACAGUCCUGUGAGUACCUCCCAGCCCUCAGUCCCCGGAAGUCGUUCCACUCAUGUAGACAGUCCUGUGGGUAGGACCUACCCCUCAGUCACCGGCAGUCGUUCCAAUCCUGUAGACAGUCAAUCCAGUGGAUUCGACCUACCCUUCAGGUCCCGGCAGUCUUUCCUAUUCUGUAGACAGUCCAGUGUGUACCACCUACCCCUCAGUCAUCGGCAGUCGUCCAAUCCUGUAGACAGUCCAGUGGGUACCGUCUACCUCUCAGUCACUGGCAGCCGUUCCACUCCUGUAGAUAGUCCAGUGGGUACCACCUACCACUCACUCCCCGGCAGUCGUUCCCCUCCUGUAGAAUGUCCAGUGGGUACCACCUACCAAUCAGUCACAGGCAGUCGUUCCACUCCUGUAGACAGUCCAGUGGGUACAACCUAUCCCUCAGUCACCGGCAGGCGUUUUUCUUCUGUAGACAGUCCAGUGGUUUCCACCUACCUCUCAUUCAUCGGACGUUGUUCCACUCCUGUAGACUGUCCAGUUGGUACCACUUACCCCUCACUACCCGGCAGUCGUUCCACUCCUGUAGAAAGUCAUGUGGGUACCGCCUACCCCUCAGUCUCCGGCUGUCGUUCCACUCAUGUAGACAGUCCAGUUGGUACAACCUACCUCUCAGUCACCGGCAGUCGUUCUACUCCUUUGGACAGUCCAGUGGGUACCACCUACCCCUCACUCCCCGGCAGUCGUUCCUCUCCUGUAGACAGUCCAGUGUGUAUCACCUACCCCUCACUCCACGGCAGUCGUUACUCUCCUGUAAAAAGUCCUGUGGGUACCACAUACUCCGCAGUAAUCGAAAGUCGUUCCUCUGCUGUAGACAGUCCAAUUGGUACCACAUACCUGUCAGUCACCGGAAGUCGUUCCUCACCUGUAGAUAGUCAAGUUGUUACGACAUACCCCUCAGUUACCGGCAGUCGUUUCACUCCUCUUGAAAGUCAUGAGUCAUCAGUCACUGGUAGCCGUUCAACUUCUGUAGAAAGUCCUGUUGGUACCAUCUACCUCUCAGUUACCGGCAGUCGAUCCACUCUUGGAGACAGUCAAGGGGGUACCACAUACCCCUCAGUAACCGGCAGUCGUUCCAAUUCUGUUGACAGUCCUGUGGGUACCACCUACACCUCAGUCACCGGAAGUCGUAGAUGUAGACAGUCCAGUUGGUACUACCGAUAA